AUGGGUGCGGGAAGAAAGACGAAGACAAUUUUAGUACAAGAAAGGGCUGAGCGUGAGCGGACAGUCAACUGCAGUGUGUCCGCAAAAAAUUUACGGAGAAGGGAACUAGGUGCAGUCAUAUUUGGCUGCACACAUUCGACUAUCAAGGAAUGCAAAGACAAGAAUUUAUUUGGAUUACCAUCGGGGCAUAUUUCCUAUGUGAAGAAUGUAACUCCGGGCUUCAUCCUUUUCCUAUUCAACUAUAGUGACAGAAAGCUACAUGGAGUUUUUGAAGCUACAAGUACAGGCCAACUGAAUAUCAAUCCAUAUGCCUGGACCGGGGGCAGAACACAGCUUACAUCAUAUCCAGCGCAGGUGCAAGUCCGUACAAAGCGUCACUGCCGCCCAUUGAUUGAGGAAGAGUUUGCUCCCAUAAUUGCUGAGAACUAUUAUGAAGCAAAUCAUUUCUGGUUCGAGCUGGACCGAACCCAAACCAGCAAUUUGAUUGACCUUUUCUUAUCUUCGUCAUUACCAAUUCCUCGCUUCUCUCAUCGCUCACCAAAUCCUGCUCCAGAGGGCCGGUAUCACAGCACUGUAACCAUCCCCGACACUUGGGAGAGUGUUGAUCAUGGAGUAAAAAGUUCUUUUUCCAAAGUUGAAGCCUACACUCCAGAUGAGGUUGAUGAAGAAUGGGAAGCUUGGGAAGAAACUGCAGCAGACACUAAACAGGAAAGUGAAUGUUCUUAUGCCUCGGUCCUCGAUGGCACAACCAAUUCCGUCCCUGAAAAGUCAUGGAGUUCACUGUUUAAAGCUUCAUCAGCAUCUGAAAGCAUACCAAGAUUGGAAAUUCCGAAGCCACAAACGUCAAGAUUUGUACCUUUAUCAUAUCCCUCUAAUGUGAAACAUGAAACUUCAUGUCUUCCAUCUUCUCUGCAUAAAGAAGACGAGGAAUAUGGGUCUUUUGCAGAUCAGUGGCGUACAGAAACAAGUGAAAUGCCCACAAGAGUUGAAAGUGGAUUUCUCAAGUUAAAAGCUUCUGCAUCGGAUCAUGUUGGUGACCCCAACAGUGAGGGGGAAGUGCCAUGUGUUCCCCAAGUUCCUCCACUACAGGUUUCCAAGGACAAUGAUGCCGGAGAUAUAAGCAGUGACUUGGGGAUGCUUUUGAAGGAUUCAAGGGCUCAAGCAUUCAAUCCUCAGUCUGUGAUUUAUCAGCUAAUGCUAGAAUUUAAAGAGUUGAAGGCAUCACAGCUCAAACAGAAGAUUAAAAUCAGCUCCUUGGAAUUUGAGCUGGCUUGCUCAAGAAUUGAGACUCAAAUGUUGGGAGAACAGCUUAAGAUGCUUAUUGCUAGGCCAACUUCCUCUUCUAGUGGAGUUUUGGUUUUACUGUUAGCAGGCCACGCUCUACUGACCUUCGAUCCCCCUCGGGUUGAGUGCUCGGAGUUACCCGAGACCGGAGCAGCGAGGCUGGAGGACGGCAUGAGACAGGAUGCCCACAUUGCAGGCCGUGCAGGCAGUCAACACUUCGCCCUCGGAAUAAACGAUGUUAUGGACCCUGCUAUGGAAAAGGGGGCGAGGAAGGUCGUUUUGGAAAUCGAGGCGGCCCAGAAGAAGAAUGAGGACAUCCGGCCCAUCCUCGAAAAGUAUGCUGAUAGGGACAGGAAAGGGAAGACAUCCGCGGGGAAGGGCACGGCUUCGGACUUCCCCUCUCAUCCUGACGGAACCUCUCGAGGGUUGCCCGCGACCCCAGGUCUUUGGGAAACUUCAGGGAUCCCGUGGAUUGACUUGCAGUUGCCCGACCCUCACCAUGACCCUACGACCUUUCCACUUUACGCGGCCGUAGGAGGGGCUUUGGCGGAUCCGAACGUCGAUAGGGGCCGAGGGCGACUGUCAGGUCUCGAAGGGCAACUCGAAGAGGCUUUGCAAACCUUCCGGGCCUCGGAGUUGCACGAGGCACGUAAGGCCGUUCUCGAGGCGAAGGCCGAGAACGACCGGUUGGAUAAGUUAUGGCGGGAUACGGAAGCUUAUUGGGAAGACCAUCUAAAGAAUUCUAUACAAUUGGAGAUGUUGGCUAACAAUCGCUUUCGGACAUUCGAAGCCAAGAUACGGAAGAGGAAGAAGGACGAGGGUUUAGCCAAACCCGAUCCGGAAGAUUUUAUCCCCCGUAACUACUUUGAGAGCAUGCUGGUACACCUCCGGAAGGCUUACGCCUUGGUUGCCGUGAAGUGGGAUCGUUCCUCUGAUAAGAUCAAGGCUCUUCGGGCAUAUGCCGGUCAGCUUCGGACAGGGUUAUAA